CACCAUAUGAAUGAUUCUCGUUCAUAGAUUCUUUUGAAACUAUUCGAAUCAUUUAUUCUUUCAAAAUUCUCUCAACAAAAAAAAAUUAUUGUUAUUAACUGGUCGCAUUUUUUUCUACAUUUGUUAUUGAUUGAUUUAUGAUCGGUUGAAGUCAAGAUGGCCAUAAAAUUUUUGGAAGUGAUCAAACCAUUCUGUGGCAUAUUACCCGAAGUUGCCAAACCAGAACGAAAAAUUCAAUUCCGUGAAAAAGUAUUAUGGACAGCUAUCACUUUGUUCAUCUUUUUGGUCUGUUGCCAGAUACCAUUAUUUGGUAUAAUGUCAUCAGAUUCGGCUGAUCCAUUCUAUUGGAUGCGUGUUAUUUUGGCUUCUAAUCGUGGUACACUAAUGGAAUUGGGUAUAUCACCUAUAGUUACAUCGGGAUUGAUUAUGCAAUUGUUGGCCGGUGCUAAAAUCAUUGAAGUUGGUGAUACGCCUAAAGAUCGAGCUUUGUUCAAUGGUGCACAAAAACUUUUCGGUAUGGUUAUUACGAUAGGUCAGGCUAUUGUUUACGUCAUGACGGGAAUGUAUGGCGAUCCCAGUGAUAUUGGUGCUGGUAUUUGUAUGCUGAUCAUCAUUCAAUUGUUCGUUGCCGGUUUGAUUGUUUUGCUGUUGGAUGAAUUAUUACAAAAAGGUUAUGGUCUUGGUUCCGGUAUUUCAUUGUUUAUCGCUACAAACAUUUGUGAAACUAUCGUUUGGAAAGCGUUUUCUCCUGCAACAGUGAACACUGGUCGUGGUACUGAAUUCGAAGGAGCUAUCAUCGCUUUAUUCCACUUGUUGGCCACACGACAGGACAAAAUUCGUGGACUUCGUGAAGCUUUCUAUCGUAACAAUCUACCAAAUCUAAUGAAUUUGUUGGCUACAGUUUUGGUUUUCGCUAUUGUUAUAUAUUUCCAAGGUUUCCGUGUAGAUCUACCUAUUAAAUCAGCUCGUUACCGUGGUCAAUACAGUUCAUAUCCGAUCAAACUAUUCUACACGUCAAACAUUCCGAUCAUUUUACAAUCAGCUUUGGUUUCAAAUCUGUACGUCAUUUCACAAAUGUUGGCCGUUAAAUUUAGUGGAAAUUUCUUUGUAAAUUUACUUGGUGUUUGGUCGGAUACAGCCGGCGCUGCACGUGCCUAUCCGGUUGGUGGCCUUUGUUACUAUUUAUCACCACCAGAAACAUUGGGCCAUAUUCUUGAAGAUCCAGUUCAUGCCGUCCUUUAUAUAAUAUUCAUGUUAGGAUCGUGUGCAUUUUUCUCCAAAACCUGGAUCGAAGUUUCCGGUUCAAGUGCCAAAGAUGUGGCUAAACAAUUGAAAGAACAACAGAUGGUUAUGCGUGGUCAUCGUGAAAAAUCAAUGAUUCAUGAACUUAACCGUUACAUACCGACGGCGGCUGCUUUUGGUGGUCUAUGUAUUGGCGCUUUAUCGGUAUUAGCCGAUUUUCUUGGAGCAAUCGGUAGUGGAACCGGUAUCUUAUUGGCUGUCACCAUCAUUUAUCAAUAUUUUGAAAUAUUUGUCAAAGAACAAAAUGAAUUGGGUGGCAUGAGUACAUUGCUAUCAUAGAAUGUAAAAGAAUGUUUUUCAAACUAAAAAAAAAAUACAAUAAAGAUGAUCCUUCACA